AUGGGUAAAUUUCGGUUCUACGAUCGAAACAAGCAAGCAGAAGGAAAAGCCAUCAGCGGAAUUAUUGCCUCUCAGGUCCGCAAGUUUGACCAUUGGAUUGACAAUUGGUUUGAUUCUCAUGACCCGUCUAAUCGUCCGCCACCGCCUACGGAAGAAGAAGCUCGGCGGUUGGAAGAUGAACAGAUUACCAUACUCGUUCAAGAGUUUGACACUCUCAUCGUUGAUCUGACAAGAAUCAAGUCUCAGUGGCCAUGGCGACGCAGGCGUUUGUUGGAAGCAUUGGAAUGGAGGAGAGGGGCCUUGUAUCAACGAUGUUGGAAGAAUGCCAACGUCUUACAAGAAGCCGCAAUCAGCUCGAUGGAAUAUUGUGAACAAACCUUCAACGACUUUAGGCGUGGAUUGAAUGAUCUGAUCAAUGCAGGAACCAACUUAUCUGAACUGAAUACUGUUUUCAACAACCUUGUCUCCGUUUGCAACCAUCAUAUUGAUGAUACCUUCCCUGGAGGUCGCAAGGCACUAGAAAAUUAUUACGAAGAUAUGCCUAACGAUAUCAUGUCUUAUCGGCAAUUCUUUGAACUCGUCGAAAAGUGCAAGGAGGAAUACAGAGAAAAAUACAAGGAAAAUCUGAGAAAAGCACGCUUCAAUCAAAUGCAAAUCGAUGACGAUACUCCACUCAAUUGUCUGAAGUCCAGCUUUGCAAAGGUAUUAGAUGCACAACAACACGACCCAGAGCUUUUCCGAAAGUACUGCCAGGGUAAGCCCAUCUUGUUGAGUAGUUGA